UGAUGUAUUAAAAUAAUUUAUGUCAAUAAUUAUGUUUAUAUACGGAAUUUCAUAAUAUUUAUGCUACAGCAGAUUUAAUAAUGAAAUAAAUUAAAAGAAUUUUUGCGCUCAUAUAUAUGGUUGCACUGAUUUCACUUCUCCAAUCAAAAAACCGUUUUGUUAUCGGGCCAAGUGAACUAUCUGUUUUCAUAUAGUCUGUGGUUCUAUGAUAAUGUGUGCUCUUUAUCAGAUUUUUAUAGAAAUUGAUAAUCAUAUUUCUACAUUUGUAAUUUUUUUUAUGUUAAUGUAAUGUUUAAUGUUAAAUAGAUCAAUUAAUUAAUAAGUGAAAAAUAUUUCAAUUGACAUUUUUCUUCGUCUUAUAAUUAUACCAUAAAAUUAGGUAUAAAGUUUCAAAAUGAUAACACCCAAUUUUGAAUUAAGCCAAACAUAUGAUCAUUUGAUAGUUAAAAUUAAAGCUAGAUUUGCUAAUGUAGCCAAUACUGAAACAGACAUCAAUGAAGAUCAAUUUAUAUUUUAUUCUUCACCUUACUAUUUACGUCUACAUUUACCUGGAGAAAUUGUUGAAAAUGAUUCUUCAACAGGUUCUUAUGAUUGGGAUUCUUAUACUUUUACUUUUAAAUUAAGUAAAGUAAAUCCUGGAAAAAUUUUUCCAGAUUUAAAUCUUAUCAACAAAUUUCUUAUUCCAAAAAAAAAAUUAACAACUGGUACAUCUAUUGAAAUAAUAGGAGAAUGUUCUAAUAAUGAAACGGAUGAUGAUAUAAAUUGUGAUUUUUUUCAAAAACCUCUGUCUGACGAUAACAAUAGUAGUAUGAAGUAUGGAUUUGCAAAUCAAACAGAAAAUGCAUUUAGAUAUUUUAAUGAUGAAUUUUUUGAAAUCAUUGAAUUAAAAAACCCUGAUGAAGUAAGUUUCAAAAAUAGAAAGUCAUUGCAGUUUAAAAAAGAAUUAUCUGAUUUUUCUGAAGAUCAUUAUUUAGCUGAUUUAAUGACAGAACCUGAUGAAUUAAAAGAAAUCAUGAAUUUUCAACCAUUUUGGCUAGAAAAUCUUUUAACUUUGGCUGAAUCUGAAAAAAGUAUACUUACACAAUUUGGCAAUAAAGAGUAUUUACUUAAUCAAGAAGAUAAAAAAUCAGCUAUUUUAUCCUUAGUUGAUAUUAUUUAUGCAUACUGUUACAAUUGUCGUGUGUUCAUGGGUGAAGAAAGUUGUGAGUCAAGCUGGUUAAUCAAUAAAUUAUCAUCAACUCUGUCAUGGUUCAGAAGUUUUGAUACAUUUAAUGAAACAAUUAUUUCUUGUUUGAGACGUAGUUUAUGUUAUCCUUUAUAUAGAAAUUGGGAAUUGAGUAAUUUAGUUUUAACAGAUGUUCAAAAAGUUUUUGAAAAUGGUUAUGUAUGCUUACUGAAAUGCUUAUUAAAUAUUUACAAAAUGUUUAAUUCUGAUGAACCUAGAUAUAUUUUAAAUCAAUUAUACAUUAAAGAUUAUUGUAUAUGGAUUCAACAGUUAAAUAGCAAACACUUUAAAUACAUUACCAAAUUAUUUGAUGAACAAAAUAUUUUUAAACAAUAUUUAGAACUUGAUUUGGAUUUGUUGGAAAUGGCAGCUCUGAGUGUACUAGAAGAUAAGAAAAUAAUAGAAGAAACUUUAAAAAAUAAUGAUCAUAGUAUAGAAGCCAAGCUGGAAAAAUUGCAAAUUUCAAGUUCAGAAAGUAACUUAGAUUCUGAUGAUUAUAGCAGUGAUGAAACGGAAUAGUUAUAAGUCUUAUACAAUGUAUAAAUUGUAUAAUGUAUUACGCAUCAAUAAACAUUGUAAAAAAGCAUAAAUAAUUUGUGGUUGAAGACAAAAUAUAAAUUCUUGCCAUGUCAAGAUCAUCAUACA